CAAACAGAAACACAAAGUAGUAUUAUCACUCAUCAUCAAUCAUAACGCACGUAACGACCAUAAACCGCCAUGGCAAUUCUUGCACUUGUUGUUGCCUUGAUAGCCAUCCACACACACAGCGUGAACUCAAAAGAAGAGGUCACUUUCAACUUCGAAAAAUUCGAUAAACCUACCCCCGGUGAUUAUUGCAGUCUCCUCACCUUCGAAGGUGAUGCCACCGUAAUCGAUAACGAAAUACAACUGACCAAGUUGGAAAAAAACAGGGUAGGCAGAGUCUCAUAUUCCCACCCUAUACGCCUCUACGACAGCAAAACCGGAGAGGUCGCAAAAAUCACCACCAAAUUCAAGUUCUUCAACAAAGAACCUGAUUACAGCAAGCCUCCAGCUGAGGGCAUGACCUUCUUCAUUGCUCCCUACAAAUCAGUCCUCCCUUCUAAUUCCUACGGCGCACACUUCGGACUCCAAACCGGUCCACCGGCCGGACCCGCCGACCAACCCCCGGCGUCCCAUGAUAAUUUUGUGGCCGUUGAGUUUGAUACCCGCACCCAACGUAACUAUGGGGAUCCAGAAGGGAAGCACUUCGGAAUUGAUGUCAACCAGUACUCCGCCAUUGAUGUCAACUCCGUUAUCUCAAAGCCAGAUGGUACUACGCCGUGGACGUAUUGGCAGAAUGGAGGAACGGAAUUCGUGACAAUUACCUUCGAUCCUUCCACUAAGGUUCUCAAGGUUUCUGCCGAGUACGACGGUGUUGACGAUGACAUCGAAUUGUCGUCUUCGGUUGACUUGAAAGAAGUUCUGCCGGAGUGGGUCACGGUAGGGUUCUCCGCCUCCACCGGAGACGACUCGGAAAUAAUGAACAUAAAAUCUUGGUCAUUCUCCUCAAAAUUCAGAAAAAUGAUGAAGCUAAAGGAACGAAGCAAAGGAGGGAGUUCAAGGAAGCCGAAAAGGGACUUAAGUAAGAUGAUCUGCUACAACUGCAAAGAAGGUGGACACUUCAAGUCUGAUUGUCCUAAACUGAAGAAGGAGGACAAGCCGAAAAGGAAAAAGAAGAAAGGUUUGAUGGCUUCAUGGGAAGACUUGGAAAAUGACUCUGAUGAAGACGAAGAAUCAGAAACCAAUGCUUCUUUAGAAGAUGAUGCAGGAAGUGAAGCUGAUAUGAACCAUCAAGCAAAUCAUGAAAAUCUCAAAACUGUCACAGUUGUUGAAUCUGUCUGUCCAGAAAUAUCUCAUCAGAAUGAAGGAGACAUUUCUAUUUUGUCUCCUGAACUAACUAGAGAAUCCAGAACAGAACUACAAACUGAAUCCAAUCAAAGCAAGACCAUUCCUCAAAAGUCACGUAAAUGGAAAUUCUUGAAGGAUUACCCUCAUGAAUUCAUCAUUGGUGAUCCUUCACAAGGCGUAACCACAAGAUCCUCAAGAAAAAAGCAAGCGGAUGCUAGCAACGUUGCUUUCUUAUCCCAAAUGGAACCACUCAAUGUAAAGCAAGCUCUAGAAGACCCAUCAUGGGUUAAAGCCAUGGAAGAGGAGCUAUCCUAA